UGUUGAAUCAGAUUGAUGGGUAACUCACAAUAAUCUCCUAAAUGUAUAUGCAAAAAUGAACAUCUAAUCAGUAUCUAUAUUUAUAAAUUAUCCUUAGAUAUUUUGCCACAAAAAUAGCUGAUUGAGGAAACUUUUGAAGAAAGUUUGAUUUUCGAAAGUGAAGAAUAAAGGUCUCCAUUUCCAGAAGAACUUAUAUCUUCUUCAAAAAAAGAAAUAAGAAAGGUUUCUGAUAUGACAGAAAUAGAUUAAGUAAAAACAAGAGGUAUAAUAUUUCAAACUUAUAAGUUAGGAAUGAAUGUAAUAUUAUAUGAAAACGAAUUGCCUUAAACUUUUGAACUAUUAAAUUAGACUCCUAUAAUAAAAGCAGAAAAAAUAAGAGAAUUAUUGUGUUCUUAUGAAUCUCCGUCUGGCCAUAAAGCUUAAGCAUUAGGCAGUUAACCAAUAGUUUAAUUUCUUAAAUGCAAUAAUGAAAGACUUACUUAUUAAGGUUAAUGGUUAAGGUAAUAAAGAGAUGGUUUUGGAUUAUGUUUUUAUUAAAAUGGAUCAAUAUAUAUUGGUAAUUGGGUCAACGAUUAGAAAGAUGGUCAUGGAAGAAUGAUUUUUGAAAAUAAUGAUAAUUAUACAGGAUAUUGGAAAUAAGGAUAGUAUCAUGGAUUUGGAACAUUUAUAAGUUCUGAGAUUUUUUAUGAAGGAAAUUGGGAUGAUGGAGAAAAAGUAUUUAAACUAUUUAAAUUAGAAUGGUUAAGGAUUAGAAAUUAGGAUCAAUAAAUCUUAAUAUGAAGGGAUGUUUAAAAAAGGAAAGAAAAAUGGAUUUGGAAUAAUUAAAUAUCUUGAUAAUUAAUGGUAUAAAGGGGAAUUUAUAGAUGGGUAAUAUGAAGGAUAAGGUGAAUAUCAUUGGAAUGAUGGAAGUCAUUACAUUGGAGAAUGGAAAUGUAAUAAGAUGCAUGGAAUUGGAGUGUUUACAAAUAAAGCCAAUGAUAUUUAUAAAGGUAUAAUCUUAAUUCUAAUUUUAGGAUCUUUUGCGAAUGAUAAGAAGAAUGGAAUAGGAAUGUUCAAAUGGAGUAAUGGAACAUUUUUAAAAGGAAUAUGGAUGAAUGGAUAGUUAGAUGGUUAAGCCACAAUAACUAAGCCAACUGGAGAAUCAAUUAUUUUAAAUUAUAAAAAUGGAUAAAAACUUUGA